AUGGCUGCCAAUUCGAGGCGCAUAUUCCAGAUGCUCUUGCUGGCGGCCGGCCUGCUCUUGACCCUCGCCUUCUUGCGCUCCAUCGGCACUUCCGACGAGGCCAAGGAGUGGGCAUCCAGCAAGGUUAGCAGCCUCAUGAGCAGCAAUGGUGGCCGCGUCUCCAUGCGCGAGUUCAUGGCCACCGCCGAGUCCAUUUGGGCCAAGACCGUCCGGCAGCGUCACGAUAUGAUUGCUGCCGACUACGGCGAUGCCUCCCUGAUGCCUCUGUUCCCCGCCACAGACGCCCCAAAGUACAAGAAGCACCCCUACUCCAUUUGGGACUUCACUCCGGCCUCUUUCAGCUGCCCCCACGAAAUGGAGCGCGUCGGACGUAUGGGUGACGGCGGCAAAUGGGUUUGCGGCAUGUCGCGCUACGUCCAUUUCCCCAAGGACCGCGAGUGUGUCAUCUAUUCCUUUGGUGUCCGUGAUGAGUCUAGUUUCGGUAAGGAGCCUAAGCCUGCACCUACAUCCAUACGACUCGGUUUCUGA